AUGGACGACGCACGUGCAUUGUUGGAUUCGCUGAUGGGUGCAACGCGAAACGAACACCCAAAGGACAAGAAGCGCCAGGAGCAUUACACAGACAGGGAUAUCUGCAAGUAUUGGCUCGUUGACUGCUGUCCCCACCAACUAUUUUACACGACGGUACAGAUGUGUUUUGAAAAAUCAUGUGUACGGAAAACAUGAUCGAAUUAUGUUAUGUUGGUUAGCAAUACUUAGCCCAAAUUACAACUUUUUUGGUCAGUCGUCGUCGGUGCUAAAUUUGCAGAUAGUCUAAGGAAAUUUGAUUUUUUGUCUCAAGCGAGAGAUUGUGACUUUUGCUUUGUGUUGACAUUGUUCACUCUUUCUUCCUCAUCUCCACUUACCAGGUUACGGGCAAGGCCGCGGUCAAUUCACCACUUGGGGAAUGUCCAAAGCAGCAUAGCGAGUUUAUGAAAACGCAGUUCAACGAUGCGCUCAAGGGCACCGGAAAAGAAGCCGAGGAUGCGCAACGACACAAGCGCACCUAUGAGCGGGAGCUUAUGCGCUACAUGAAGCGACUUGUUUCGGACUGUAACUACAAGAUCACGAAAGAGAAAGCCAAUAUGGAACGCAAGGGGACCCUGACCAAGCGCCGGCGAGAGCAGGGACUCACGCCAAUGAACCAAGAACAACUAACAGAACACAAGAUUAUUGGUCUCAAGAAAGCGAUGCAAGACAAACUCAAGGAAGCCGAACUGCUCGCAGAAGACGGUAAGAUUGCACAGAGCCAGGAAAUGAUGAAAGAGGUACUUCUUGUUGAUGAGGACGGCAUCGCAUAGUAGCAUUCCGUUCACCAACAUUGACAUCUUCAUCUUUUCACUCAUGUCUGAAGAAAUCUGGGACUCGAUAACAACCACUCUUUCCUGUUCCUGUUGUUUCCGCUAGUAGAGAUAGUACGAUCAUCAUUUGACUUUCGAUUUGAAAUCAAGAUCCAACUAACCCGCAUUGCCUACAUCUUUAGGUCCAAGCCUUGAAAGAUGCAAUCAACGCACAAUCAUCUGUCGCCAAGCCGCAGAGCACACUUGUGGAAGAUAUUGGUGACACAUUUCAGGAGGAUGUAUGCGAAGUGUGCGGCCUCACAAUCGAUUGGAGAUGCGCUAUGGAAAUAGAAAAUCGCAGGAAAGGUAUUUCAUGAUUUAGUGCUGGCUAGUUGAAUGGUACUUUCUACUUUCAAUUUCUUUUAUCGAAAAACGUGCAUCCCACCCGUAGCAAUGUUCUUUCACUUCUGUGAAAGAACGGCAGAGAAGAUUCUUCUGCUGCAUUGAAAGCGAUCGAGAUUCUUACCGCAACAACAUCAUACUUCAGGUAUCCCGCACCCACAUACGAGUGGCACUUACCACCAGGGCUUCGAGCAAAUGCGAGCGAAGCUAGCGGAGCUUGAGGAGAAAUACGCUGAUGAUGAGGAGCAAGCUGCCAAGGACCGGGAGGCAGAUAAGCGAGCACCAGAAGAAAAAGCCUCAUCAUCAACGCGCGACGGGCGUGACGAUCGGCGCAGUCCAGACCGGGAUGGAGACAGGCGGCGAAGGUCACGAUCUCCGCGCGGACGCGACCGAGACACCAGGGACCGUGGUAGGGACAGAGACGAGGACAGACGAGGGGGUAGUAACCACGAUAGGCGGGGUGGCGGCCGAAGCUACAACGACGGAGAUCGCGAUAGGCGCGGAGGGAGAGGUGAUCAAGGCGGCGGGGGACGGUCUUACAGGAGAUGAUGAUGAUGAUAAUGAUGAGGUUGAGCCGUACCUUCAAAAAGCAAAGUCAAAAGAUGGCUGAAAGCAGCUAGACGACAAAUUUACUUAGAAAAAGAGCGCGCACAUCGUCUCAGUCUCUACUCUGGGUGUGUCGCACUCCGUUGGAUUACAUCUACAUCGACAUAAGCGAAAACUAACAUUAAUGCUCAUGAUUUUGAUUACGAUUAGUCUCCGACAAACACCUCUGCCUUCCGCCCCCAAAGAAAUGAACUACACGCGAACAACAUCUUCCCCUUUCAUGAAUUCGCCGCAACAUUUUCUUUUCCCACGACAGGGCGAAGCAGUGACCACGCAGGCAACCUCGUUGAAAUAAAUCCAAACAAUUUCUUCACGGUUUUCCUUUCUUAUGAAAAACAACAACAACAGAACACGCU